ACCGCUCCCCGCCGGGGCCUGCAGACCUCCCGGGCUGGGGGGCUCAGCCCCACCCCUCCGGGAGCCCGCGCGCUCCCCCUUCCUUCCCCCCAACAGCUGGUGGGGCUGGCACCCCGCGCUCCCCGCUGGCAGCUCCCGCCUCGGCCUGCGGCAAAGCCUGGGGUGGGGAAAGGACGGCGGAGGUGCUGACUCAGGGACGGGGGGAGCUGGUUAAUGUUCUGUGGGAGGCGGGCCGGGGGCACCAGGGCUGCCGGCCCCCCACCCCCAGCGCAGCGCCUGGACGGCCGGACUGGUGGCACGUGGCAGCUUUCUGGGCCGGCGGCGCUGCCCGGGCAGGCAGGGGGAGGCGGGAGGCUGGGGGUCCAAGGGUAGCCCCUGGUGCUGUGACCCACCCCCCCAGGGCUGCCCGGGCGGGGCCGGGGCCUGCUGGAAAAGUCUACCACGUGCGACCGUGCCAGGCUGAAUUCCCGCCAUUAGGACACGCUCUUUGGGGCUCCCGGAAGACUGAGACACUUUCAAGCACUGGAGCGCUGACUCUCUCCCCAGCUCCCUGUGCCGUGAACGCCGGGUCCCCAUGGUCUUGCUGAGUCGAGCCCUGCACAUGGCCGCCACACGCCCUCGGCGGAGCCCCUGCCCGGGCCUGCAGCCGCGCCCCCUGACCAGUGCGGCUGGCCCCACGACCGAGAAGAGCGUGCCGUACCAGCGGACACUGAAGGGGGCACAGGACCCCAGGGCGGUGGUCCACGGCCCAAGCCAGCCCCUGCCCCACACGGCCAAUGUGGUGGUCAUCGGCGGGGGCAGCUUGGGCUGCCAGACCCUGUACCAUCUGGCCAAGCUGGGCGUGAGUGGCGCCGUGCUGCUGGAACGGGAGCGGCUGACCUCGGGGACCACCUGGCACACAGCGGGCCUGCUGUGGCAGCUGCGGCCCAGCGACGUGGAGGUGGAGCUGCUGGCCCACACGCGCCGCGUGGUGAGCCGCGACCUGCAGGAGGAGACCGGGCUGCACACGGGCUGGAUCCAGAACGGGGGCCUCUUCAUUGCCUCCAACCGGCAGCGGCUGGACGAGUACAAGAGGCUCAUGUCGCUGGGCAGGGUCUACGGCGUGGAGUCCCACGUGCUGGGCCCUGCGGAGACCAAGGCGCUGUACCCGCUGAUGAACGUGGACGACCUGUACGGGACCCUGUACGUGCCGCACGACGGGACCAUGGACCCCGCUGGCACCUGCACCACCCUCUCCAGGGCCGCCACUGCCCGGGGAGCCCAGGUCAUUGAGAACUGCCCAGUGACUGGCAUCCGUGUGCGGACUGAUGACUUUGGGGUGCGGCGUGUUGCGGCUGUGGAGACAGAGCACGGCUCCAUCCAGACGCCCUGCGUGGUCAACUGUGCAGGUGUGUGGGCAGGUGCUGUGGGACGCAUGGCUGGAGUCAAGGUCCCGCUGGUGGCUAUGCACCACGCCUAUGUCGUCACCGAGCGCAUCGAGGGCAUCCAGAACAUGCCCAACGUCCGUGACCACGACGCCUCUGUGUACCUGCGCCUCCAAGGGGACGCCCUGUCUGUGGGCGGCUACGAGUCCAACCCCAUCUUCUGGGACGAGGUGUCAGACACGUUUGCCUUUGGCCUCUUCGACCUGGACUGGGACGUGUUCGCCCAGCACAUCGCAGGUGCUGUCAACCGGGUCCCGGUGCUGGAGAAGACAGGGAUCAAGUCCACAGUCUGUGGUCCAGAAUCCUUCACGCCCGACCACAAGCCCCUCAUGGGGGAGGCUCCUGAGCUCCGCGGCUUCUUCCUCGGCUGUGGCUUCAACAGCGCAGGAAUGAUGCUGGGUGGCGGCUGUGGGCAGGAGCUGGCCCACUGGAUUGUCCAUGGGCGCCCAGAGAAGGACAUGUAUGGCUAUGACAUCAGGCGCUUCCAUCACUCGCUCACGGACCACGGCCGCUGGGUCCGCGAGCGCAGCCACGAAUCCUACGCCAAGAACUACUCCGUGGUCUUCCCCCACGACGAGCCGCUGGCCGGGCGCAACAUGCGCAGGGACCCCCUGCACGAGGAACUCCUCAGACAGGGAUGCGUGUUCCAGGAGCGGCACGGCUGGGAGCGGCCGGGAUGGUUUAACCCCCAAGGUGCAGCUCCGAUCAGGAAGGAGUGUCUGGCUUGCAGAGAGGCAGCUGCCAUAUUUGACAUGUCCUACUUCGGGAAGUUCUACCUGGUGGGAUUGGACGCCAGGAAGGCUGCCGACUGGCUCUUCUCUGCAGAUGUCAGCAGACCACCAGGCUCGACCGUGUACACCUGCAUGCUGAACCAUCGCGGGGGCACCGAGGGUGACCUGACCGUCAGCCGCCUGGAGCCCGGGCCCCCGGCCCCCCCUCUGGCCCCUGCCUUUGAAGGGGACGGCUACUACCUGGCUGUGGGCGGGGCAGUGGCCCAGCACAACUGGUCCCACAUCACAACGGUCCUGCAGGACAGGAGGCUGCGGUGCCAACUCAUUGACAGCUCCGAGGACCUGGGCAUGGUCAGCAUCCAGGGGCCGGCCAGCCGGGCCAUUCUCCAGGAAGUGCUGGACACAGACCUGAGCAACGAGGCCUUCCCUUUCUCCACCCACAAGCUGGUGAGGGCCGCCGGGCACCUGGUCCGGGCCCUGAGGCUGUCCUUCGUCGGGGAGCUGGGCUGGGAGUUGCACAUCCCGCGGGCGUCCUGCGUGCCUGUGUACAGGGCCGUGAUGACAGCGGGGGCCAAGCUCGGCCUCGUCAACGCCGGGUAUCGGGCCAUCGACUCCCUGAGCAUCGAGAAAGGCUACCGGCACUGGCACGCAGACCUGCGGCCGGACGACAGCCCCCUGGAGGCGGGCUUGGCCUUCGCCUGCAAGCUCAAGUCGUCCAUCCCCUUCCUGGGGCGCGAGGCCCUGGAGCAGCAGCGGGCAGCAGGCCUGCUCCGGCGCCUGGUGUGCUUCACCGUGGAGCAAAAGGUGCCCAUGUUCGGCCUGGAGGCCAUCUGGAGGGACGGCCACAUCGUGGGCCACGUCCGCAGGGCUGACUUCGGAUUUGCCAUCGACAGGACUGUCGCUUACGGCUACGUCCGGGACCCCAGUGGUGGCCCGGUCUCGCUGGACUUCGUGAAGAGCGGGGACUACACCCUGGAGAGGAUGGGGGUGACCUACGCGGCACGGGCGCAUGUGAAAUCCCCCUUCGACCCCGACAACAAGCGGGUUAAGGGGGUCUACUGAGGGCCCACAGGGUGGGGCCCAUGGCUGCUCAGGAAGCCAGGACUGACCACCCAUCCCACCCACACCCCCGGACCCCAGACCCAGAAAAGCACAUGGGCACCCUGGAGAAGAGCAGGGAGAGUGGAAGGAGGGCUGAAAGGGGCCCUUUCUGUGGUUGAUUACCCCAUCACUAAAAAACACACCUGUCCACAUCUGGGGCUCAGGAGCUGUGCCUUGGAGCCCCUGCCUGCUUCUUGGCAGGUUCUCAGUACAUACUCGAUAAACCCAACGUGAAAGCA